AUGAUCGGCAAGCGUAUAUUUGUAAGCGACAUUCCUUAUAGGAUUGAAGGCAAGAUUGGUCAUGGUCUGCACAGUAUUGUGUAUGGUGCUCGUGAUCUCUACAGUGGCGAAUAUGUAGCUAUUAAAAUUAUAAGUUUUGCUUCUGGAUCAGCAUCAAAUCAACAAGUAUUUCAGAAAGAACUUGAUAUGCUUUUAUAUUUACAAGAAUUAAAUUCGUAUGUUAUUCGUGUAUUUAAUUAUGAUUAUAACGAACGUUAUGGAGUCAUUGUUAUGGAAUAUGGUAAAACACUGCGUGAUACUUUCGUAUCAUACGUUAUAAGUGGUACACGAAUGCCACCAUCUCUUAUUCGUUCGUUUUGGUCACAAAUGAUUCAAGCUAUUUAUUAUAUGCAUCAAAUUGGAAUUGUACAUGCAGAUUGUAAACCUGAAAAUUUUAUUCAAGUUGGUCCAGGUGGAACAAGCUUACGACUUAUUGAUAUGGGUAUCAGUUUUCAAUUGCCGUCAAAUAUGACUAGUCGUUUACAUACUGCUGCUGGAACACCAGAUUAUGUAUCUCCAGAAAUGGUUAAUGCGCGAGCCGGUUUAGGUUCUCAAUCAAAAUAUGGUUAUAAAUCUGACAUAUGGGCACUUGGUAUUAUUCUAUUUGAAAUGACAUUCGGUUUUCGACCAUUACAAAAUUUAGGUGGUAAUAGAACCAAGUUAACUUUUCUAGCCCGACUAACAACAAGAGAUAUCGUCGUACCUAACCAUCCUGAUACAGAUCUGUACGAUAUAAUUAGAUGGUGUUUAAGAUCCAAUCCUCGUCGACGUCCAACUAUUGAACAGAUAUUGAAUCAUCCAUAUUUGACAAGAAAACGCUAA